GACGCACCCAAUACAGAGUUUUACAAUGUCAUCUGUGGAAUAUUUCACCUACAAAGGAAUUCUGUUCCCACCAUCUGAUUAUUCAUGGGAAACUCUCAAUCAAGUGGAAAACGAGUUCCAACUCCUGGAUGAUGAUAUAAUUAAUGUCACCUACCCCAAAUCAGGCACCAUUUGGAUGGCAGAGAUCUUGGCCUUGAUCUUAAAGAAAGGGGACCCCACAUGGGUGCACAGUUCAGCAGUGUGGGAUCGGUCUCCUUGGAUGGAGACUAACGAUGGCCUGGAGAGUGCCUUGAAAUAUCCUCAACCCCGGCUCAUGAUUACUCACGUUCCAUUCCAGUUUUUCCCAAAGACCUUUCUGCAAACCAAAGCCAAGGUUAUCUACACCGUACGCAAUCCCAAGGACGUGCUGGUCUCAUUUUACUUUUUCUCCAUGAUAUUUAAAACACUUAAGACUCCAGGCAGCCUGCAAGAGUUCUUGGAGAAGUUCCUCAGUGGGAAUGUGAUCUAUGGUUCCUGGUUUGACCAUGUGAAGGGCUGGAUGGAGAUGAAAGGAAGACCCAACUUUUUCUACAUCACUUAUGAAGAACUGCAGCAGGACUUGCGAGGCAGUGUGGAGAAGAUCUGCCAGUUCCUUGGGAAGGAGCUCAGUAGCCAGCAAAUGGACUCUGUCGUGGAAUAUGCCUCUUUCCUGAAGAUGAAGGAGAACAAGAAGUCCAAUUACUCUGAACUGCCAGCUGAUAAAAUUGACCUCAAGAAAGGGAAGUUUAUGAGGAAAGGGAUCUCCGGGGACUGGAAGAACCACCUGACAGUGGCCCAGAAUGAAUACUUUGACCGUGUCUACCAGGAGAAAAUGCGGGGCAUGGAUACUACCUUCCCAUGGGACUGAAGAAUGCCAGAUCUUAUUCCUGUUGUGCAUCCUCAUAACAUCUCCCAUGGGGCAACCAAGCAACCAGUCCCUGUUAAUGAGGAAUUUGUAGUCCUUUAUAUUGGAUCAGAUGUGUGGGAUCAGGAUGGUCCACAUAGAAUUUAGUAGACUAGAAUAUAAUUUUAUUUAGCGUGAUCACCAUAGGCCAUAGCAAUAUGAAAUAUGGAGUACCAUACAACAAUCAUACAGCAAUCCAUUUUAAAUAAAUUGCAGUAAAACAAUGAAGGUAGAAAGGUUACAAAUUACAUCACUUUAUCAUAGGAUUCCAACAGCAUGAAUCAGGAACCGAUUUCUUCUUAUGAUAGUUAAUAAAAAGAUAAUUGUGGCAACUAUAAAGUUCAUAGAGGGGAUGACAUCUGCCUGUGGAAAAUUAACGCAAUCCACAUUGCAGCCAGAAGAGCUUAUCAAGCCUAGAUUGAAUUUAUUAUGAAUAGAUGCAUAUAACAUUAUAGAACAUAAUGAGAUCCUUCAACCUGAUUGGAGCAGCACGGACAAAACCAGAAAUUCAGGGGCGGGGGGACGGGACAUUAUUGAAUCAUCCAUGUAACAAUGCAAAAGGCAUAGUUUGGAAUUAAAGGCUCAUGCAGGAAAGUGAUUUUGUGAAUUUGAUCCCUGGAUACCACAAGGAAAAUAUGGAGAUUCGGUUCAUGUCAAUUUCACAGAGUGCACUCUUUUCCAAAAAGCCAUUUACUAAUUUUACUGCUGUCCAAGGAUUUUACUAGUUUAACAGAAAGGAGGCAAAGGUUAUGCUUGUAGAAUAGGAGCCCUAUCCAGAGGUGGGGAGUUGACUGUGAGAGUGGUGGGCUGGCUAUGCUGGUGGAUUUGCCCCCCCCCCCGGGCACUUGAGCUGGCAUAGGGGCAAAACAGCGAAUGUUCAGCUGCGGCGGCUUUUUCUGGCCAGUUUCCUCUGCACCAAAUGGAGU